UGCUGUUUCUAGGAGGCGCUGUUGGAGGCCGGAAGAGUUGGAGACAAGCACGAUGACGGUGGUCGAACAGGGGUUGAGAAAGACUAAGCAAAAUGAGUCCCUGCUACUGAAGCUUCGUGCGCCUCAGCGGCAGCAAUCUGCGUCUAACAGAAACCGUCGGGACUGAAGGAAACACGUUGCUUUCUUCUGUCUUCUUUCCGUUGUGAAGUAUGAUCUCAGACGUUUGCCCCCCUCUGGGCAACUGAACCUCACAUGUCCACGGAACUGUGAUCUACUUCCACGUUUGAUUCAUCAGGCUGUUAGUGGGGGGGGCUUCAUGGUGUGUGUUUCCUGUCCGGAGUGCGGAUGCGUGGGCGUACAGACAUGGAGAGCUAUGAGGAGUUCUGUCUGCGGAGUUUGGUCUUACUGCAAGAAGAGCGGAAACUUCGAAAGAAGUGUGAACCUUUCUUCUCCCUAAAGGCUCAAUCUGCCAUCUGCUUUUAUGGAAGAGCCGUGCUUUCCCCUCUGCUGAGCGCACAGCAACGCUCCGAGAUGUGCGGCUACAAACAGAAGGCGGUCCAGCUGGAGCAAGACAGACAGAACCAGCAGAGAAACAAGCUGCCGGCUCAGAACAUUCUGGAUCAAGCUCAGGUGCAGAACGUUUCAAGCAAAUGGGAUGACAAGGCACCAGUGUUUCAAUCUCCAAAAUCUGGUGGGUACACCCUGGUUACUGACUCACCCGGGCUCCUCAGAGACCCAGGAUGUGGACUUCAAGUUAAGGAGCCAGCGACUUUGUGCUCUGAGACCUCAACCCUCAAUGGUUACAGAACAGAAGAAGACGUGACAGCAGAAAAGAGCGAUGAUGAAGGUGAUGACGAUGAGGAUAUUAGCUUGGACAGCCUUCUUAAGAGGUCGAGGGAGUAUGUGAAGAAGGAGCAGCAGGGAUCCAAAGCUGACCGUACAGUCAGCAAGACUCCUUCAACAGAGGCCGCGUCCCGGAAAGAAGAGAAGAGCCCUGUGAAGGACACAGGAGUUGAGUUUGGAUUCAGUCUGCACCACAGCCCAAUUGGCCUGCCUCCCAUCCACCAUCAAGCUCUGUAUGACCCCAGCUCUCAAAAGUCAGUCUCACCAAGCAAAUCCGAACACAAUGCUUCUCCUCCCUCUCUGGAGCCCAGCGUCCUCUCCUUUUCAAACAGACGCAAACCACGGCCUCUGUCUACGGGGAACAUCCAUAUUUCCUUCCCAAUUAGCCCAACUGACCUUAUUCCUCGAAGCCCAGGAAGGUCAGAGGAAGCUUCAUCAGCAGCUUUUCCAUCCACUGUUCAGUGUUGCCCGAUGAAGAAGGAUGGUGUCAAUCAUCGAUCCACUCACUGUGAUACUAGUCCAGAGCUGGAGAACAGACAGCCUGGUAACGCCACAGUGCCCACCCCUGUGUUACACCAUGAUCAUCUGACUGCAGGUUUUCGCCGCCGCUGCCACACGCUGGACAGUCAGAUGAACAUUUACCAGACUGCUGCUGGGCAUAUGGACCGCAGUCAAGAAAGAGUGCCUCGCUUCAUGGCAGGGGUUGUGCGCCUUCCCCCAACCCGACACACCCCUGCAGCAACUUCAGAGCAGUCUUAUGAAGGGGACGGCACCUUUUCAUCUCUGCCAAGGCCACACACAACUCCUGAUUCAGUCUCAUUUAGGCUUAAGUCUGAUCACUCUCAGGAGCCAAACAGUGGUAUGAAAGCAUCAACUGUCUUCAGAAACUCAGCCGCCAACGCAGAAGACUCCCAGUGGCGAGCACAAGCUCUGGAAAACUUACAAAGGCGCCUGGAUGAGGAGCAUGGCUUGAAGAUGUCUCUGCUCCUUGCUGAGCAGGAGAAAGAGCAACAGUGUCCCCACUUGGUCAGCUCAUGCAAUCACAAAGAGCUUGAGGAGAGAAGGCCAAAGAAACAGGGUUUUGUGCAGCCAUUAAGUGAAGAUCCCUGUGGUUGGAACUGUAGGUGUGUGAACAGCAGCUGUCCUGCUAUUAGUCCCUCCUGUCCUGGACUAAGCCCAGUUAGAACACCGUCUGAGCUAUCCCCUGGACACAGUUUAGGUUUUCACAAUCCUAGUGUAACCUUUCCCUCUGUCCAGCUUCCUGUUUAUCUGUGGGGUUCCACUCGAGGCGCCAACAAAUCAAGAGCAAGGUUGAGCCUGGUUUUGACAGCAGAGCAGCAGAGAGCGUUCUGCCGAAUCUGCGCCAUCAUUCGCGGCUUUCUUGUGCGCAGGCUGCUCAAGACAGAAAAAGUCAAAAAUCUUCGCCAAACUAUCGUGGACACACAGGAGUUUAUCCGCUCAUUUCAGAAUGAAGCAGAGCAGAAGAAGAGCACCUACUCAGAACAAGAUGUCUCUUUGCAGGAGCGAGUCAGAGCCCAGUUGCGUGCAGCCCUGUAUGACAUCCAUGACAUUUUUUUUGAAAUGUCAUUGAUGGAUCGCUUAACGCUCCUGCAGCAGGAGAGGCAGCUGCGUGCAGAGAGGAAACUGCGAGACUUGGAGAAAGCCAAGAGCACCAAGGAGAGAUUGUCUCUUUCUGCUGCCACACAGAGAUCUCUGGACAGAAAAAAGAGAGUCGGUGAAUCUCCAGCACAGGCCAGGAAGGUGCCGCCGAAGCAAAAAAGCCCCGCCGCCAACAGAGUUCAGAAGACAAGUCAAGGCCAGAAUUGCUCCGGUCAACUGAACCGUCAGGGGAGCUGGUACAGAAAGACUCCAGAGGAGAGAGUAAGGCGCUCAGACAGCCUAAAGAAGCAGCAUUCUCUGGGUUAACACAAGAAAAUCCUGUGAACUUGAAUGUUUUUUCAUGUAUUACAUAUCCCGCAUCACUGAAACUCACCAGUACUGCUGAAAAAGAACAAUAACGCUGUUUUGUGUCUAUUGUUUGAAUUGAAAUGGUGAUAAUCACUACCACACUUUAUAUCACUCAUAAACACUGUCACACGUCACGCUGCUUUUUGACUUGUGCCACCUGCGAAUGUAGUUUUUAUGUUUUCUCAAAGUGUCACCCUUUAAGCUUAAGAGAACACUGCUGUUGAAGGAAAUUAGUCGUGUGUAUAAAAAAAAAGCGUAAGAAAGGUCACAGGUAAAUGUAAAGAUUAUGGAUCUGUGCCUCUAAUUAAGCUUUAGUACACUAAGCAUGCAAGUUUGUGAAUAACAUGGAGACAUUAAGUGCUUAUACAUUCAAAGCCAUUUAACUGAACAUAUUUAUUAUUAUAAAUACAUACCUUAAGUCAUAAAUAUAUGGUUUUGUUUAAGGGCUUUGAGUAUCAUGUGCUUUCUGAGUUUAAGGUGCUGAAUUUUCAUGAAUCCUAACACUUUAUUUAAAGAAAAAAAUGUAUUUAUAUCCAUAUGAGUUUGUUUAUACUUUUUUGGUGCUGUUACAGUAAUGUAGCUUUACAUGGAGAUGCACAGCAGCCAAACAGUUUUGUUAAAAAAAAAAAAA